GCAUGUCUUCCAAAGUUACUCCCACAGGGUCUGACGGAUUAGCUUUCCCUUCCUCUUGUAGGCUCCAAAGCCAAGGAUCACCACCACUUAGGCCAGCAGCAGCAGCAACAGCAGCAACAGCAGCAGCAGCAAGAGCGGCCAUUCCCAGAAGCCAAUGCUGAAGCCAUCAGCUUCCUCAACUCCUUCCGGUUGGAGGAUAUGCUUCUGUUCUUCCCCGAGACGCUGGUCAUCCUCUCAGACACAGGGGAACCUCAGGGAGAGCUGACCAUUGAAGUGCAGAAGGGGAAGUACAAAGACGACAUGGGGAUCCUGACCCACUGCCUCCUGGUACACGCCUCUAGCCGAGGCUUCCUAGACAAGUCAGUGUGUGGAAGCUCCCUCCUAGGCUACCUCAACGAGCAUCUGGAGCUAAUGGAGCAGCAUAGUCAAGAAUUCAUCAAGUUUCCCAUCAUCCCCAUGGAGAGGAAGAUGAAAGUCCUGAAGCAGGAUGACCAGUUGGUUGUGUCCAGAAGUGUCAAGGAGGGUGAGGAAACGAAGACCGGAGUCUCUGUUUUUCCCUGUAAAUCACUCAAGGGCUUUGUCUCCAGUGCCGCCAAUGUGGUGCUGCUGAGAGUGAUGGCUUGGCGGCAGUCAGUACCCAGCGGUGCUCGAUUCCUAGCCUUGGACUCGGAGGGCAAGCUGUGCUAUUGUACCUAUAAAUCCCUGGGUUUCCAGACAAUCCAAGUGGGCAACCAGCAGGCUGAAAUGUUCAUCGUGGAGCAAACCAUACACUCUGAAGACGGCAUACCUUUCUCCUGCCAGUUCUAUUUGCUCUCUGAUGGGCACCUGGCUAAAAGAGUCCAGGUGGGCUCUCCAGGAUGCUGUAUCAUCACCAAGAUGCCCCUCAUAAGGGAGGAGGAUGUGAUUGAGCCUCCGCCCACGUUUGAUCGGAAGCCCCUGGUGUGGGAGGAAGACCUGGAGCUUUACUCGAAAUUCCUGGAUCGGAAGGAGCAGCUGCGCCUCAGCCACACGAGGUAUCUGCGACAGCACCCGGAGGCCCAAGCGCUGGUCUCUGAUUUCCUGCUGUUCCUGCUGCUCCGCCGGCCAGAGGACGUGGUCACCUUCGCUGCUGAGCACUUCGGGCCCUUUGCGGCGCUGCGCUCACCCAUCCCAGCCCUGCGAUCCUCACACCAGCCCAGCCCUUUCCGCUCUCUGGAGGAAGAGGAGGAGGGAGAGGAGGAGGAAGAGGAAGAGGAAGAGGAGGGAGAGGAGGAAGGAGAAGGCAAGGAAGAAAUGGAAGAGGUGGAGAUAGAAGGGGAUGAGGACUACUUGUAUGUCGACGAGGAAGAAGAGGUGGAGGACGACAUCUACUAUGACAGUUACUAUUACAAAUACGAAGAUGAUAACAUCUACGAAGAUGAAAACAUCUACUAUGAUAACUAUGAUGUUGACAAUGACAAUGACGAUAUUGACAAUUACGAUAACGUCGAUGACGAUGAUGACGAUGUCGACGACGACGAUGACGUCAAAGUCGAUGAUGACAACAUUGAUGUUGAUAAUGACAUCGUUGAUGUUGACAAUGACAACAUCAACCAGGGUUUGGAUCUCAAAAAGGACUAGGUGGACAGCUGGAAGCGGGAAACUGAGAUUGGCUGGGGGUGCAGCUUCAGUGGGUGAUAAGCAGGGUCCUUCCCAUGUGUUACUCUGCCAGCAGGGACUGUAUUUGGCCAGUUCUUCUUGUCAAAUAUGGGAAGCUUUUGUUUACCCAUCAAGUUUCAUCUUUUCUUCCUAGAGUCUAUUUUCACAGUUCUGGCCAUUUCAAAGAAAAUAAAAUUAAGGCCUGUGGCCAGAUGUGUUUGACUCAA